GUGUCUUUCUUUCACAUUCUCCCACAAUCCAUUGCGAGACAGGAAGCGUCCUCUGCUUUUGGCGCGGUGGUAGCGGUGUCGGCCAUCUUGGAGACUCUUCAGUGUGUUUCGAAUUCUGAGAGCACGCGAUUCAUUGAUUGGCCUCUUGUCGUUUAAUAAGAAGAAACCCCGUUUUCGCGUCACCGUUUAACAUUUAUACGUAUAUUUUUUAGUGUUGUGUGUUGCUCUCCCGGAGGAUUGUUGAAAGAACCGUCAUGGCGACCGCUACCCCGAGCCGUGAAGCUGGCCGGUCGGCGGCCUCCUCCACGCCUCUCUCGCCGACCAGGAUUUCUCGCCUGCAGGAGAAACAGGACCUGCAGCACCUGAACGACCGGCUGGCCGUGUACAUCGACCGUGUCCGGUCCUUGGAGCUGGAGAACGACCGGCUUAUGGUCAAAGUGUCCGAGAAAGAGGAGGUGACGACCAGAGAGGUGAGCGGCCUGAAGGGUCUGUACGAGGCAGAGCUAGCUGAUGCGCGGCGGGUUCUGGAUGAAACGGCCAGAGAGAGAGCCAGGCUGCAGAUUGACCUGGGCAAGGCUCAGGCUGACCUGGAGGAGGCCACACGCAGUGCCAAGAAGAAGGAAAGUGAUCUUGCAGCAGCCGUGUCCAGGGCCAGUGGGUUGGAAGCCCAGCUGAACAAGAGUGAGGCCUCUCUUUCUACAGCUCUAAGCCAGAAUGCUGCUCUGUCCUCUGAGCUGGCUGAUGUCAAGGGCCUGCUGGCUAAGGCAGAGGACAGCCAUGCGGUUGCUAAGCGCCAGCUGGAGGCGGAGACGCUGAUGCGUGUAGACCUGGAGAACCGCUGCCAGUCACUGAGUGAAGAUCUGGAGUUCAGGAAGAGCAUGUUCGAAGAGGAGGUGCGCGAGUCGCGGCGUCGACAGGAGCAGAGGAUCGUGGAGGUGGACUCUGGGGUCAGACACGACUACGAGUUCAAACUGGCCCAAGCUUUACAGGACCUGCGCAGGCAGCAUGAUGAGCAGGUCUCUCUUUACAAGGGAGAACUGGAGCAAACCUUCCAGGCCAAGUUGGACAAUGCCAAGGUGUCCUCUGAGAUCAAUGACAAGGCAGUGGGCACAGCCAGGGAGGAGCUGCAGGAGUCCCGUAUGAGAAUAGAGAGCCUGGGAUACCAGCUCAGUGCCCUGCAGAAACAGGCGGCUGCCUCCGAGGAUCGCAUCAGAGAGCUGGAGGAAAUUCUGUCAGCAGAGCGAGACAAGCACCGGCGUGCCAUGGAAGGAAAAGAACAAGAGAUGAGCGAGCUGAGAGAGAGAAUGAACGCUCAGCUCAGUGAAUACCAGGAGCUGCUGGACGUCAAGCUCGCCCUAGAUAUGGAGAUCAAUGCAUAUAGGAAACUGCUGGAGGGAGAAGAGCACAGGCUGAAGCUGUCUCCCAGCCCGUCGGCUCGGGUCACCGUUGCCAGGACAACAGGAUCUUCCUCCUCCCGCUCCACCAAGAGGAAGAGGGCGGAGGUGGAGGCCAAGGAUCUGCCAGAGGUGGGGAUAGGAGAGGAGCAGCUGCUCGUGUCUGAAGAGGCCGCGGCCAGCGGAGCAGUCACCAUAUCACCCACGGACAUGGACGGAAACGCCGUCACGCUGGCCAAUGACACGGAUCAGGACCAGCCGCUGGGCAGCUGGAGAUUGAAGAGACAGGUGGACGAUGGGGACGAGGUCGUCUACAAGUUCUCCCCAAAGUUUGUCCUGAAGGCGGGCCAGACAGUCACGGUCUGGUCUGCUGAUGCUGGCGUGUCCCACAGUCCGCCGUCUGACCUGUUGUGGAAGAGUCAGGCUUCCUGGGGCACAGGAAAUGACAUGGUUACCACUUUGGUCAACGCUGAUGGCGAGGAGGUGGCCACCAGACGUGUCACCAAGACUGAGAUGGAGGUGGAGAAUGGAGAGGAUGAGGAGGAAGGGCCACAGACGGGCAAGGUGUCAUCCAGAGAGUGUGCCAUCAUGUGAAGCCUUCCCCUGCUGUCGGCUUUCACUUCCCCCUCAUAUAUAAAUAUAUAUUUCUCUAGAGCCACUCGGAUAUGAUCCUAUCCAUCUUAUAUCAUUGUUUUUUUUUAUUGGACUGACGGACUCUUUUUACUGCCCUCCGCAUUUCUGGACCUUUUUUAACAAGUCCUUUUCCCUAAAUCUUACUAGCAAUGCCAAGGUCUGUGGGUCACAACGCUGAUGGAUCCAAAACUGUCUGGAUAUCUAAAACUAAACUACUCUCCAUGUCCUCCUGCGGUUCACUUGUCCUUUGUGCACCGUAGGACACAAUCCAGAACCGUUACUCAGAUCUCCACUGAAAGAGGCUGGAGAUCUGAACACAACGGGCUUGCUCUGUAAAGCUGUGAUAAAGUCACAACUGUAGUGUUGAACAAAUGAAAUCAACUUCAUUUGUGUGCUUAUUAGAUAUUUACUCGUGUCUUCCGUUGAAAGGGCAGAUUAACUCAGUUUUGUUUCCACAGCCCAGUGUUCGAAAUUGUCCACAGGUAUUUACACACGGUCUGUAAGGGCCGUGCAAAAUCCCCCCCCCCCUCCCCAUUAAGAUCAAGAGAAACUCUCCCGACAGAAUUGAAAUUAGUUGUAAUAAUGAUGCAUUAUUGUGUGGGAGAGCUGAUUUCUUUAAUCCAAAAUGUGCUCAAUGUGCGCACAGCUGAACUCCAAGUCCCCCCCCUGUCCCAAUCCCUUUGCUCCAUCUGGCUCCGUCUUAAUGAAGGACCGGUGUCUGAACCUUGUAGCAAAGGUUUGGAGAGGAGCGGAAGUCGUCUCUGGAAUGAGAAACACUACAGCUCAGUAAGUCUGACUGACAUCAGUGAUCCAUGCGACUCGUGCAGGCAGCCCAGCGCCUCUCCGAGGAGAAGGCUCGUGCUGCCCGCGAGCCCUGCUUAGUGUUAGGACCCGUAGUCAGGUAUUGUCUCGUUCUUCUUAAUAUACGAGUUAAUAUGGAGUCGAGACCUCAUGGACAUGUGACAUGUCAUGGACAUGACCGGUGCUUGUAUGUAAUGAGAGGCGCAUGGGUACAUGUGCUACACACCUGACCGGCUCCACGUGACCUCCUGUAUGUUAAACUCACUGAACUGGUGAUAAUAAUAAUAAUGAGCUUAGAGAUGCAUUGACACUGGGGGUAGAGGCUCGACCAGUGUCUGAGCGGUGUCUCCAUUUUUCUUGUGUGUCUGCCGUGCUCUACAUUACUAGUUAUUUUUCUAUAGAGUGGUUGUCUAUGUAAUCAAUUUGUUUGCACAAGAGAAUUAAUUUCUUGUUUUUAGGCUUUCUGGGAGGAUUACAUUUGUGUGUUUUAUUACCUGUGUAUUUUUUUUAAUUUUUAAAUAAAUUGAGGGUUCUGAUGAACCAGUACUGAACCGAACACUCCAAGUGGUCACAUGCUCAGGUCUGGCAGUGUGGCUCUAAAGGACAAUUGGGGUUUUAUAUUGAUAACUGAAAUAUGAUGGUAUUUCAGUCCCUCCAGAAAUGAAUGCUUACUGCUAAUACCAAUUUUAGAAUUACAAAGCCAAAUUAAAGUUGAUCCAGAACUCCAAUAAGGUUCAGUCUCCCUGGAGCUAAAGUACAGUAAGAUGAAAUGGUAUAAGUGAAAUUAGUUCCCAUGUUCCUGGAGGGACUGUGAUGUAAUGAAGCUGUUUGUGAUAUUUCAUUUAACCUAGUAGUGUGUGGGGGGGGGGGGGGAAUAACGGGGGGGGGGGGGGUAUGCCAAAUGUGAGUCUUUAUUCAUGACUGUUGAACUACUUUUGUACACAAUAAAUGUUUUACAUAUACACA